CGGACGGUGCGACAAAUGACGAGAAGGGGGACAACUACAGAACGAACGCCAUCAUGCUCCAGAACAACCAAACAGGCGAUGUCAAUGGCGAUGCUAACCACGCCAAGAACAACGGCGAAGAGACAACCAAGUUGACCCUAGAUUUUGAACCGUCAGGGGCAGCGCAGACAGCAGAGCCUCUCUUAGAAAAAGCGAAGGUGCCUCGUAAAGCUCCAAAGAGCGAGGCUGGGGCAAUCUACGGUAAAGGUUUGGGUCAGACCACUACCGAUGGCCCGUCAGACGAUGAUGAUGAAAGCGAUGACGAUUGGUUACUAGAUGAUGAUGACGAUGACCGGAGGGAUAAUAUUCUUGCUCGGGGAGUUAUCGCUCUACAGAAGGGGAUACGACACAGUUACGAAUGGCUGAACAAAAUUACUCGAGGCUACCUUGUGUUGUUUGUUCUACUGUGUGGAUACAUCGGCUACUUCGUUACCGCAAUGUGCUAUGAGUACGGAAGCGAAGGGUCCAAGCGUCUACUGAUUUGCACCAUCGUUGGUGUUCUUGCCAUCCUCUCGUCAACCAUAAGCCGAUAUAUCAGCUCCACAGCUUGGAGACUCUACGGCGCAAAGGAGCUGAACGACAAACAUGAACAUUGGUUGGAGAAGGCCAGGUUUUUUCUCAGAUGGUUUCUAUACUGUGCAUUGUUGGGAGCCAUGGUGUAUUGUUUCAUUGACGAGGGUCUAGAUAAACCAGAGAACCUUCGCUCUCUGCCUGGACUUGCUGUCUUUAUCCUCAUACCCUUGCUUCUCUCCGAGAACCCUGGAAGAGUCAACUGGCACACAGUGAUUUGGGGCAUAGGUCUCCAGUUCCUCUCUGCAGUCUUUGUCCUCAGAUGGGAGACGGGGCGAGAUGCCAUCAUAUGGGUCCAGGAUCGAUUCCAAGAGUUUUUCGACAACGCGGAUGACGGAUCUAGAUUCCUCUUUGGCGAGAGUUACAGGGACCAUUACCUCAUCUUUGGGGCAAUCCCUAUCAUGUUCUUCAUGAACGCGGCACUGACGGUGCUGUACUACCUGGGCGUCAUGCAGUGGCUCAUCAAGGCCGUCGGAAAGAUGCUCAAGUUUGUUCUUGGGACAACCCCCGUGGAGUCAACCUGCGUGGCCACCGGGAUCUUUUUGGAAGGGAUCACGACCAUCAUGGUGCUGAAGCCCUACCUUCCCUCCCUUACCAGGUCGGAGCUGUAUGCUGUCAUUGUGUCCGUGUAUUCAUCCCUUGGCGGAGCCUAUCUCGCCAUCCUUUCAGCCAUGGGAGUGUCUUUAGAGUUUCUCAUCCCCGCCAUGCUCAUCUCCGCACCGGCUACAUUUGCUGUAGCCAAGCUCAUGGUUCCAGAGACGAAAAAAAUACAGGAUCUUGAAAAGAAAAACGAGGAGAUUUCCAUUGAUGAAAAAGGUAAAUACAUCAACGCCAUGGAUGCAGCACAAACGGGAGCUAUGACCAUGUUGUCCGUAGUUGGGAACAUUGCUGUCGUGCUCUUUGCCUUCUACUCCUUCAUCGCCUGGGUCAACCACACUCUCAGCUGGUUUGGAGAUCGAGUAGGAGUCGACAACUUAACUAUAGAGUACAUCUCCUCUUACCUGCUGUAUCCUGUUGCCCUGGCGAUGGGCGUGGAGCCAGAGGACUGCAGGAAUGUCGCCAUGUUGUUAGGAUACCGUAUAGGUAUCUACAACGUGUUCGCGUUCUUCAAGCUUGCAGAAAUGAAGAUGAACAAAAUGAAGUUCGCUCAGUACAUGCUCGCCACCAACUAUACAGGCCCAAUUACCGAAACACGAGAUGACCUUGUUCUUGACAUGUGGAAUGUCACUCUCAAAGACGGCUUUAUCAGUGAUCGCUCUGAAGCUAUCGUGACCUACUGCCUAUGUGGCUUCUCCAGUUUUCUGAACGUGGCCGUCGUAUCUGGCAUCAUGUUCUCUUUGGUUCCGAAGCGGAAGAAAUGGGUUGCCUCAAUGGCUUUUGGCAGUUUAGUGGCUGGAAACCUGGCCAACUGUAUGACUGCCUGUUUUGCCA